GUACAAUGAUGAUCGUGGUGCAUUUUGUUGUGCUAAUGCCGUGUAAUGUCUGUGUGUUCGUGUGAAUGUGUACACAUUCACAGAAUCUAGGGGUGUCAACGGAACACAAUAACAUUUGCAUGCAGAAGGCUUCGAUGGAUCUCUCAUUGCUUGGAAGGGUGAGCGACGAGGUCACCAUGGACGACCUGCUUCGUUACCACGGCCGCUCUCCGCUCUGGAAGAGGAUCGUCAACGGCAUCCGUCUGCUGCGGUUCCUGUACGGGGCGCAAGCGCGCGUGCACCGGUGGCAGCGGCGCCUGGCCACGUUCCGCGUCUCCACCGAGGGCAGCGCUCGCGACAUCUACGGGGCCAUCACGCGGGCGCUGCCCCACUACUACGAGUCGUGGUCAACCACCAUCACGGCAAGCUCCUGCUCAGGCUCCUGGAGCAUCAUCCUCAUGUCCAUCCUUGCUCAGGGAAAACCAAGCUGGACCAGGGAGCACUUCUCCGACGUGGCAAUGCUCUUCAGCUCUUGCCCGGACGUGGUGUCGGCCGACAUGCCCACCGCCAUCGAGGCUAUGAGUACAGCUAUCCGCCAGCAGGGCCAAGAACAGGAGUUUGGGGCUCUGGAUGUCAAGGGCGCCACGGAGUGGCUGCGCUCGGAGCGGAGUGGGGACGCAGGAGCCAAGUUCCGCGCGUUUCUGGAGAAGCACGGCCACCGCUGCCUCCGGGAGGCCGAGUUCAGGGAGAAGUCGUGGGCCAGCGACCCCAGCACCAUCGUCGCGGCGCUGCAGGCCGCGCUGCUCUGCCCCCAGGGCCCCCAGGGCCCCCAGGGCCCCCAGGGCCCCCAGGGCCCCCAGGGCCCCCAGGGCCCCCAGGGCCCCCAGGGCCCCCAGGGCCCCCAGGGCCAGGCGACGCGCAAGGGGGACGUGGGGGUCCACGAAGCCGUCGCUCGCCUCAGCUCCCCCGUGUCGGCCAUGGGCAGGCGGAUACUGUCGUGGGUCUUGCCCCACGCUCGCCGUGCCGUGGCGAACCGGGAGCAGGGCAAGUUUAUCGCCAUCAAGGUGAACGACGAGUUCAAGUCCGCAUACUGGCAGCUGGCCAGGGCAAUGCGACUCGAGGGCUUCCUGCCGGACGACGACCUCCUCUUCUUCCUGACGCACGCGGAGAUCGCCACCGUUCUCAACGAGCGGCCGCCCAACCUCGUCGUCAAAGCCCAGCGGAGGCGCAGGGCGCUGGCCCUGCAGAUGUCGUUGAAUUUCCCGGAGAUCAGCGUGGCCAAACCGCGUCCCGUGGCGAGCUGGGAAGGGACGGGGCAUGCUGGGGGGCAGAGCCUCACGGGACUGCCAAUAAGCCAGGGUACGGUGAGCGGUCCGGCUCGCGUGGUGCGCUCCCUGGCCGGAGCGAGCUCCAUCAAGCGCGGAGACAUCCUCAUUGUCUCCAGCACCGACAUCGGCUGGAGUCCCUACUUCCCGCUCCUGGGGGGCCUUGUCACUGAGCUGGGGGGGCUCCUCUCUCACGGAGCGGUGGUGGCUCGUGAGUACGGGCUGCCAUGCAUCGUCAGCUGCAAGGGAGCGACGCAUUUCUUCACGAGCGGAGAGACGCUUCUGCUGAACGGGACGCAGGGCUUCGUGCAGAGAGUGGACGAGAAGUGACGGGCGGAGCGGACUGCGUCCGUCGGGAGCCCCCCUCGGUGGCAUCCCACUCGAGAGCCCCCCCCCCCCCGGGGGUACCCCACUCAGUCUCGGCACAGAAUACGAGUGGUGGUGGUGGUGGGGGCAGAGAUAACAAGCUGCGAUGGUGGGCGCUGGAGAUGAUGAUGAUGAUAAUGAUGAAGGUGGUGAUGGUGGUGAUGAUGGUGAUGAUGAAGGUGGUGCCGGUGAUCGCAUUCACGGCGAUUACAUUGCAGAAGAGCGUUAUGUUGAUGGCGAUAAAGUCCAGUUACAAUCUUGAUGACAUUUGUGAUGAUGUUGAUGGUGGUGGUGAAGACGAUUUGUGGGCAGUGUGUAUUGCAACGGUUAGCGGUGCGCUACGAACCCCGAGUUUGGUUCCCGCUCACGGCCAACACCAGCAACGACUACCAGAAUGGAUUCGUCCUGGGCCUCCCGUAGGUCGACUCAGCCUCAAAUUUCUACU